GAGCAGGAAGAAAGAUAAACGUCAAGUAGCUGCCAAAGGCAGGUCGCCGUCGUUUCGGGUCCACUGAGAUAUCGCGACAAGUGAUUGAAUUUCGUGUUUUUCCGGCGGCACUCCUACAUCGCAAACAAAACAAAUUCGCCAAAAUGUUGUUGCAAAAUGUCCUCAACCACUGAGAAUACUAAGUGUGAUCUUCCCCCGAAUGUGCGCGGAAAAACUCGCGGAACAUUGAAGUUAACAAUUCUGGACAUAAUCCCAAGCUCGCCGUCAAGCGUUACAAGUGGGACGAGCUCUAGUGCGAGUAGCAGCAUAAAAGGACGAAAUCCGAUCAAUGCCGUGGGAAGUGGUGGAGUUUCAGUGAAGUUUACGUGGUGGGGGCAAAGUCAUGAAAACAGUGCCACUGUGAUCUAUAGUCCCGCACAGAAACCCAAUAAGUCCCAGGCGGAAAAUCCCUGCGUCGAAUAUUCAAUCAAAACGUCGGCCAUCCUGUUCCAAAACUACUUAACCAAUUGUGAGCCAGUUGAAGUAAAAUUAACGUCGAAAAAAUCGAAUCUGCAAGUUGGAACCGCUUUCAUGAAGAUCCCGAGAAAUUUAGUCGAAAACUGUUCUAAAGGAAGCGCAGAAGAAACGCAAAUUGUGAAAAUUUUCAGUCCGAGGAAUGUUGCGCUUGGAGAAAUCAGACUAAAGUACAAUAUGUUGUUCGAGGUUCGUCCGGACAGUGCCCAAACUCUGUCAAGUGUCCCUGAAUUAAAAGCGGUGUGUCCCGGGAAGGAGAACGAGCUGCUCUUCUCGAGCCUAGAAUCAAGUCGAAGUUGCAAGAGUAUAAAAUCAGAUGUCAAUCACUGCAUCUCGUCGCUCAGACAAAAGUACAACCGCCCGAGCACAGCUACCAGCUCCAAUUCGCUGAGCACUCGCGCUCUUGACUAUCUAACAGGUCGAAAAAUGACGCAGGAGGAGCAGAAUAAGGCUCUGGAGGAAAUCCAAAGCUCAUCUCCUCUUGAAAGUCUGGUAACGGAGUUAACUACUCGCCUCAUGAUCCCUGCUCGUGAUGUUUACACUCGAAUUGACUCCCUGCGUCUGUCAAUCAAGUGGAUAGCGAUUUCGUCGGCUGGUGUUCGUGAGCUCGAAAGUCCCCAUAUUGAGGAUACGUCUUUCACCAUAGAAAGCCACAUUUCACCGAACUUACUUGGCAAUGUGCGAGCAAAGUACGAUUACGACGUGAUGCGCUUUUACUCAGAUCAUGUUGACGAAAAGGAAAAAAAAGUAUUCUUCAAUCGCGAUGCCAUCCGCUCGAUCCGAAUCUCAGAAUACGUGGACAAUGCCUAUAUCCGCUUCACAAUUUGGACCCGUCCGUUUGGCUCAAAGUAUUCACGCUGUUUCGGCACUGCAAUGUAUCAAUUUGCGAGUUUGCUGGAAACUGGCGGCUUGGAACACACAAAAAAGUUGACAAUAAAAUCAUGCACAGAUAAAACCUGUGUAGGAUAUGCAACAGUUAAGGUUACUAUUGGUACGAAAGGAGUACAUUUUGGAGAAGAUUUUAUGACAAUUAUGGAGGACACUAAUUUCAACGAAGAUUUUCCCACUUCACGAUCAAGAAAUUGCAAACUGCGUAAAGACAGCAUAACCGAAAUCCUAGGCAAAUUCGAAUCUUCGUGUAAAAAGUGUAACAAUAAUGAAACUAAUAAAAUUCCUAGCACUCCCAACUCAUCCCGGGGCUCUAACACAACCGAAAGAUCAUAUAGUGCGAGGGAAACAUCCUCACAUUCUAAAAACAACCAAACGGAGAAUGACAAUUCCGCAAACAUCACAAAGCCAACUGGCGAGAAGGAUAAUCGACAAAGUGUAAAAACUGAUAGCAUCAAUAGUGCAAACAAUCAUCGACUUCUACAAGGAUUAUUGUAUGUAGGUUCUAUUCGCAAUGUUCGAGAAUUGCAAAACGGCGGUUACUUUUUAGUAUGUCGAGCCUUCUGGAAGGAGGACGCAACGUCGACCGAUUUUUGUCAGAAUUACAAUUUCAACUUUUUGGAGACGUUCCCAGUCAUAAACAAUGAUGCGUUUCUAGAGCGGACUCGGAAUAACCAUCUCGAUUUAGAAUUAUGGCAGAAAUUUACCGAUGCACAUGAACAAUUAGUGGGCGUUGUCAAAUUACCUCUACAUCAGUUCUUUAUUGCUUUCCGUGACAAUGUAAUAACUAAUCAUUUGUGCCAGGCGAAGUUGCCUGUAAUAUCUAUUGAUGGAUGGGUAACAAUUACAAGCCCCCUUUCGGCUGAGUCUUGCGGACAAAUGCAAGCUCUACUAGCCAUUGGCACCGAAGAGCAACUGGAGUACUUAAAAAUUAGUCGUGGACUGUGUCUCAAUCGUGUUUGUGAUAAAACAUUAGAAACAUCACAAAAUAAAAUUCCCGUUCCACAAAUAGUGCCUACGCAAAAAUCUACUGAACGAUCAACGUCUAGUUGUGAUGCAGAAAGUCAAACAAAUUUUGCGGACAACAAUCAUGAAGAUGUAGGAACCCCGGCGAGACGUGAGCGUCUGUCUGAUUUGUUAGGCAACUUCAUUGAUAGCUUGGCGCAAAAGCUACCAGCGAACCAAGCGGCGCCAACAAUGGAAACACCUAUCCUUGACCAUCAGGACAAAUCCAAUUCAUCAACCCAAGGAUCUCAAGUACGAAGAACAUCUGAAUUGUUAGAUGUUCUUCAAAAGGCUCUAGUAACUCCUCCAACAAAUUUCGACGGAGCAUCAAACGCCAGUACACUGAAACCGCAGCCUUCCUUACUGCACUCGAAUUACUUAAAACCGAAGUUUGUAAAAAUUCUCUUAGAAAUUGAGAAUGCCUUGCAUCUACCUCGAAAUCCAGCUAAGUUUGGAAAUAAAAAGGUUUUUAAACGUAACAAUAAUGCAGGCAAAUGUAAACAGUCUCGCUUGCCGGUAGAUGAGGAGCCUAGUGCGUAUGUAACUUUUCAAGCGGAAGAAGGAUCGGGUCAAAUGAUAAAAUCACACGAAGGCAUGGUUUAUUCAACGAAUGUUGUGGAAAAGAGUUGCAGCCCAAUUUGGAAUCGACGUUUUGAAAUUUAUGUGCCCGCGGAUCUAAUGAAAAAUGACGAGAAACGUUUCAUUCUGAAAAUCUGGCGGAAAAGAGUAACUGAUUUAGCACAAUGUAGACUUCUACCGACGCCUAUGGAGGACGCAAUAAUUGGAUUUGCGGCUGUUGAUUUGAAUGUACUCCUAGCUGGCAUGCCUUGCAUAGCCGGGUGGUUCAAUAUAGUCGACUUCAACGGACGAAUAAAUGGGCAAAUAAAAGUGAACGUUCGACCGCUGGAGGACAUAUUGAAAUUUAAGGAUCCGCCGCCCUCACUAGCCAAACCCCCAACAGCUGAACCGAUGAACAUUUCUGAAAACAUGAUCAAAUCCGCGCAACCGUCUGCUGCUCUCGACAUGAAUAACUCCAUGUUGAGUCGGGCAAUAAAACGCAAAUUCACAGAACUCGAAGAGAUAACCGAAAGGCUUCGAGCUCGUUUGUUGGACGUAACUGGUGCGCCCGAAGCUCCUAUUUCAAUUCAUACUGAAGAAAUGCCUGGCGCGGAUCCGAACGAUGCACAAUUAGAUGAGUUUGAACAUGAUUUAAAUACUUCUUGCGAUGAGGAUAACAACGGUGAACAGUUGGACAAUUUUGGGUGGUUAGGAUUGUCGAACAAUCCGAAUACAAGUGGGCAGGGAGAUAGUGAUAUCAGUACAAGUGAUUCUCAAGAGCGGAUACAAAUGAUUUCUGAAUUUUUAAGAAAAACGGAUCUAAAUAAUCAAGACGAGGCCAACACGCUUAUUCAUCGAAAAGAACGAAAUCCGCCUGAAGGAGAGACUGCUAGUAGCGUGGAUAAAACGCAUGUUGACUGAUAUAAUUUUACGGUAAAAUCAAUUUAUUUUCAUCUAUGACUUAGUUUAAUGUUUGAAAGUGAAAACAAUUUAUAUUUUUAAGAAAAAUUUCAAUAUUUGAAGUGAAAAUUGUAAAUUAUAAGUAGGAUCUAUAUAAAAUUGUUUGCAAUUCCAA